AUGCCCAUAUGCAACCUCAGUGAUCCCGAUAUCCCAAUGGCAGAUGAGAAUUCAAGCCCAACCUACAAGCUGCAAACCACUGAACCCAACAUCCAGUUCGUGUUUGCUCCACUGAUGUUCGAAUCUGCUGUGGAACAUCGAUUCAUCAUGGACACAGAAAACAGCGGAUCUACUCUACGGAACUCAGAGCUCACUGCUAUUCGUCAUAAUGCUGUUCUAACCCUGACUUCAGUGCUCACUCAUCAAUUGCAAUUACUUGGCGAAACGAUGUUCUGCAUUCAAUCUGAGGCCGGUGUGUCAAUCCCGAUCCGAUUCCUGGUAUCAGACCACAUUUCGUCCAUUCUGGGUCCGCGAGUGGUGGGGCUACAGCAAGGGUCCACCACACCACAUACAAGCAACGAUAAGCCUCACCUCACAUCUGCAACAAUCGAUUGCACAAUGUAA